AUGAUUCUCGUUACGUUGAGAUACUAUGCUACUGGGAGUUUUCAAAAACUAGAUGGGGAUGUCAUGAAUAUAUGCCAACAGUCAGUAUCAAGAAUUAUAACUACUGUGUCUAAUUCAAUAGCACUACAAAUGAAAAUGUUUGUAAAACAAAAGUUUUUUGAAGUGGCACAAUUUCCUGGAAUGGGAAUGGGGAUCAAAAAGGAAACCGUUGUGGCAGUGAUAUGUGCAUGUGCCACUCUGCACAAUAUAUCAACAAUGUUAGACGAUGUCAUGAUGCCUUCUACUGAUGACACUGAUGGCGAUAUAUUAAUCAGUAACAUCGAUAAUGUUCCUGUACAAGAAAACCCCAACAGUAAUGGUUUUUUGGUCAGACAAUCUGUUGUCAAUAGAUUUUUUUCUCAAUAG